UCUUGGAAAGAAAACUAAAAGAAAAGAAAGCCAGACUUGCUUUUACAUGAUUAUCAGAUUACCUACCAAGAUGGACACUUUUCCCAACAUUUUUCCUCCUGGUGGAGACAGUGGACUGACAAGUUCUCAAUCUGAGUUCCAGAAAGUAUUAAUUGAUGAGCGGUUACGAUGUGAACAUCAUAAAACUAAUUAUCAGACUCUGAAAGCUGAACACACAAGGUUGCAGGAUGAGUACAUGAAGUCCCAAAAUGAACUCAAGCGCCUGUUAAGUGAGAAGCAAACUAACCAGGAAAAAUUCCAGCUGCUGCUUGAAGAGCUAAGAGGGGAGUUGGUGCAGAAAACAAAAGACUUAGAAGAAAUGAAGCUUCGGGUAUUGACACCUCAAAAAUUGGAAUCGUUAAGAGCUGAAAUACAACAAGAAUUAGAAACGCCAAUGAGAGAACGUUUUCGGAAUCUGGAUGAAGAAGUAGAAAAAUACAGAGCAGAAUAUAAUAAACUUCGCUAUGAACAUACAUUUCUGAAAUCAGAAUUUGAACACCAGAAAGAAGAGUUUGCACGUGUUUUAGAAGAAGAAAAAAUAAAACAUGAAUCAGAGAUUGCCAGGCUGGAGAAAGAUAAAGAAGAACUACAUAACCAGCUGCUUAGUGUUGAUCCUGCGAAAGAUAGCAAACAAGUAGAACAACUUAUUGGAGAAAAAGUCCGGUUGUGUCAGAAGUUAAAAUGUUUGGAGACUGAAGUAGCAGAAUUAAGAGCUGAAAAAGAGAACUCUGGUGCUCAGGUAGAAAAUAUCCAAAGAAUACAGGUGCGGCAGUUGGCUGAGAUGCAGGCGACUGUCAGAUCCCUGGAGGCUGAAAAACAGUCAGCUAAGCUACAUGCUGAACACUUGGAAAAAGAGCUACAAUCAAACAGUGAACAAAAUACUCUUUUAAUUAGUAAAUUGCAUAAAGCUGAAGGAGAAAUAACUACAUUGACAAGUAAAGUAAAAGAACUUAAACAUUCAAACAAACUAGAAAUAACAGACAUCAAACUGGAGGCAGCAAGAGCUAAGAGUGAGCUAGAAAGAGAAAGGAAGAUUCAAAGUGAACUGGAUGGACUACAGUCAGACAAUGAAAUUCUCACAUCAGCUGUUGAACAUCACAAAAUGCUCUUAGUAGAAAAGGAUCGUGAAUUAAUACGUAAAGUACAAGCUGCCAAGGAAGAAGGUUAUCAAAAACUUGUGGCAUUACAAAAUGAAAAGCUAGAACUUGAGAACAAAUUAGCCGAUUUGGAGAAAAUGAAAGCGGAACAUGACGUCUGGAGGCAAUCUGAAAAGGAUCAGUGUGAAGAGAAAUUGCGGGCUUCACAGAUGGCAGAAGAGUUGGCCAGAAGGGAACUUCAGAGUAUUAGGUUAUAUAUGUAAAAUCUUUCCAUUUGGGGAUAAUUUCAGAGUUAAUAAAGUGAUAAAAAAGUAAACAGAGAAUUCCAAUAUACAGUUUACCCAAUACUAAUAUCUUAUGUAUUCAUAUGAUGAUAAUCAAGAGUAAGGAAUUAGCAUUAAUGCAAUUAGGAAUUCAAAUAGGCAUUACUAUUAUCAAGCCUAUUUACUUCUUGGAAAUUUUAGCAGUUGUCCCAUGGAUACUCUUCCUGGUCC